GUACCGCUCGCUUUUAAGUCUGAUGAGUUUUUCUGAGGGAAUAGCGUACUGCAAAUACUUCCGUCCUCGUAACUUGCACACAUUAACUUUUGUGAUGUUAGUAUUCGGAAACUCUCAAAGAGUAAAAUUAAACGUUUCAAGGAAUGUUAAGAGGUCAAAACGGAUAACUCAGCUGUGAACGACUUUGAAAAAAUGAAGGAUAUGCCGGCGGUAUGGACAACCGCCACUCUGAAGGCGCUCCCAGCUAAAAUGGUCGCGAAAAAGAACAAAGGACGAAAUCAGGGGUCUUUUCGCUCCCAAGUGAAAGCCUUGGAAUUUUUCGAAUUUAUACUCGGACACUAUUUGUCGUUGUCGGAGCCUGGUAGUAAGAGGUUGGGUGGAAAACGGAAGUACCAAACAAGCAUACUGUCUGGCAUCCUAAUCGUAAUACCUGCUUUGGGCGUACUUGGCUCGCCUAUUACCUCCCUCGAUCAAAGCAUCAUCUAUAUGGUUGUCAUCAUGCUUCAUUAUUUGACGCUGAAAAUAUGCAUCGGCUCUCAAGAGAGACUUCACAAACUCAUCGAUCAAAUCGAGCUAUUUGACAAAUCGUUUGCCGAUACCUAUGCAUUUGAAUACCCACACGGGAGGAAUGUUUGGUGGGGCUGCUUGUGGGUCCUACUUUUAUUAACAUUCCCUAUUCCAUUCAUGCUUUUCUUCCACGAUGAGAUUUUCAGCCAUUUUGAGGGUGAGCCCUAUUCCUGGAUCGUGGAGAUUCUCAGCAUGACUUUUCACGGAUCCACCGUCCUCCAGAGGUCGUUGAUAUUCGUGCACUUCAUAAGCGUCGGCCGAGGGAUGAAGUUCCGGUUCAGUCUGAUCAAGGAGCUUCUGGAGUCGGAGUUGAACAAGUCUGAGCCGGGGUCGAGCGCGGCGAACCUGGAGUGGAUCCGGACGCACCACGCUCGCCUCUCGGUGCUCGUGGACUCGAUGAACGAGUCCUGCUGCAAGCGGCUCAUCUUCCCCGUCCUCAGCAUCGCCGUCGAGUUCCUCUACAUCUUCUUCCGCUACGUCUUCCGCGACGACUUCCACAUCAACCCCUUCAUGCUCGCCAACCUCCUCACCAACCUCCUGGCCCUCAAGGUCGUCGCCUCCGUCUCCGAGGUCAUAGCGCUCGAGAGUCGCAUGCCUCUUUAUGUUGUGCGUGCCGUCCUCAUCAGCAAACUACCUUUUUUGUGUCAAGCUCAGAUAAUGAUGUUCCAAGACCAAAUUUUGGCGAAUCCGGUUCAAAUUUCAGCGGGAGGAUUUUUUAAUCUGGACAACAAACUCUUAACUGAGCUUGUUCUUCUGAUAGUCACAUAUUGCACUGUGAUCCUGCAACUGGUGCCCAACGACGAAGAUGACGAGGACGAACCACCCAAGACAGAAUUGAGCAACGCGACGAGUAGUGAAGUCAACAAUACCAAAUGAAGUGGCAAGUCUGAAACCCCGCUGAAGGAGUUAACCUUAUGACAGCGCAGCGGUCAUUUCCUUGUGAUGACCGAUUGAAAAAACAAUUCAAAC